AUGUUUUGGUUUCUUCUUCUAGUCCUCGUGGGUAGUGGAGAUGGGCUCAGGCUGGCUUCGUACAUAUCGUCUGGUGGGUUGCACGGUGAAAUUCGCUUUGAACCGGGAACGGAUGAUGCAUUGAGGAUCCGUUUGGCGUUGAAAGCCACUCUGCAGUAUCCAGAUCAACAGUGGACGUGGGCCGUCACUAGAUUUCCGGUUGAUUACACGAGGAUCGAGGAUCGAUGCAGCGAUCAAUAUUUGGGGGAGACGAUAAUUGACCUCACAGAGCACUUGGGUCCCCUCACGCUCCCGGGAAACGAGACGAGUGUCUCCGAAAUCCCGAACAUCGCGCUGACCGGUGAGAAGGGCCUCUGGGGCAAAGGCCUGGUCCUUCGGGAGAUCUAUUCCCCGCGAACGAUUUGCGCCUCGAUAACGGUGUUAGAAAGAAACGCUGAGAAAAACGCAGAGGCGCGGUUUCACGGACCAGUGGCGGGAUCCGUCUGGUUCCGGUGGCUGGGCGGAACCGCCGGUGACUCCACCACAGACACGAUAAUCUACGCGGAUCUCCAUCACACGUCCAAACAGAAGCUGCAGAGUGUCGCCUUCACCGAGCACAACUGGAAAAUCUACGUGACUGACAUAUUUGACUCGGGGAGGGACAAAAACGACUGCAGAAUUCUGCAGAGCGUUUUCGAUCCCGACGACUUGGGGCCGGGGAGGUCCAUUGGAGAUGUGGACUCGAGGCUGGGGAAGAUCAGAGUCGCUGUGGACACGGGGAAGAGGUUCAAGACUGCUUACAGGGACACUGUGAUCUCGCUACUGCCCUCUGAUCUUCUCGGAACACAUCGAUCGCUUUAUCUAGUUGUGUUUCAUCCCACGCAUCCGGAUUCCGUUCUUGCCUGUGCGAGAAUCAAAAAUCGGAAGUUUAUAUUGGCUAAGAGUUUGGUAUCCUCUCACGGUCUCAAGGGCGACGUAACAUUCACCCAAGAGACCCCGUACCACCCGACCUGGGUAAACGUCUCCCUGCACCCAAUAAACGACCUGGAAACUCGUCUCCGAUAUGAAACGAAAAUCGCAGCUUAUAGAAUUCACGAUCUACCCCGGGACCCCCGUGACACCAAUCACCAAGUGGGGACUGAAUGUCUGAGCACCAAAGGCUUGUAUAAUCCCGGGAAAUUAGACGUGAAUGCAACUCCCCCCGCUGGAUUCGGAACGCAAGAUCAAUACGCGAUUGGUGAUUUAUCGGGAAAGCUCCAGGGGAGGAGAGAGGGCACUCAACACCAGGACAUUCUUCCUGGGAGUGCGAAGUUGAAUGGGAUUUAUUGGGAUAUAUUUUUGCCGUUGUCUGGGAGGCACAGUGUUCUUCACAGGUCGAUAGUAUUGCAUAAGUACAACGAGACUGAUAAUAAGGGAAUAAUUCCUUGGAUAUGUAGUACGAUCUCCCAGCAUUUAUCUCAGACAGCUGGACAAAUGCCAAUGCUGACUGCACAGGCUGUAUUCAAAUACCCAUUGGUAGGAAGAAUUCUAUUCCGUCAGCCGCAGAACGAGCCUGAGAGUGACACCGCUAUCAUAAUCGAGAAUUUAAUUCACGCUGACGGAAGUGCACUCAAUAAUUCAGCUGAACACAGAUGGAUGAUUCAUAAUAAUCCCCCCGGCAAAGACUACUACAACUGGACAGCUCGAUGCCUGAGUGCAGGUGCCCCAUACAAUCCCCACAAAAUAGAAUGGGAUCCAGAUCACCCAGAGCGUUGUUCCCAAGAAGAAGUGAAUCUCUGUCGUCUGGGGGAUUUAUCACGCCACGGAACCCUCGACAUUGCCGGGAGGAAGGCCGAGGGACCGAGGAUCAGUAGAAAACUAUUCACAGAUUCAUCACUGCCCCUGUCCGGUCCUAACUCCAUUCUCGGAAAGAGUUUAGUGAUUUACGACGAUCAUGGACCUGUGGCCAGGGGCGAGAGACUAGCUUGCACGAUAAUUAGCAGAGUCUACAGAAGAAAAGCAGUCGCUAAAGAUUGGUUUGGAAAUAGCGAACAAGUGGGAGUUCAUGGGAAAUUUGAAUUCAUCCAACAAACGGAGUACGACGUCACUGAUGUCGAAGUUAUGCUGGAGGGUUUGGAAGGAAAAACCGGGGCAUAUCGCAUUCAUAUGACCCCAGUAGAAAUGGACCUAGAAUUUCCCUGCGAAGCGACGAGCCUCUACGAGCCCUACAACCCCCUAAACGUCACCAAGCCCCCAUCACUCUCCCCAGCCGAGGGAACGACUGAUCAGUACGAGUUGGGUGACCUCAGCGGAAAGUUCGGAACCCUGGAAAAACGCAGGAGAUUCACAUCGACGUACAACGACACUCUCCUCCCCAUAUUCGGGUACCAGAGUAUUUUAGGGAGAAGUAUCAUUAUUCAUAAAAAGGACGGGGACGUCCGAUGGGCUUGUUCGAGCAUCGAGAGAGGGUACGCGCCAUCGGAAGCGAGGGAAUUGAGGGCGAUCGCCUCGUUUCAUCAUCCCCAGGGCUUCGCCUAUGGCUACAUGCGAAUGACCCAGCUCAUCUACAAAGACGGCAGCCAAAGCGAAACGAUAAUUGAAGUUAAAUUGAGGCAUCCUGGUGAACGCGACAGAAAUGUCACGAGGAACCACAACUGGGCAAUUUACGUAAAUCCGGUGGGUGUUGACGCCACAGUUAAAACUAAGGCCACACGAUGUGUGGCUGGGGGGUACAUAUGGAACCCCUAUUUCACGCAAUUGGCAGAUCCGCUCAAUGAGGACCUUUAUAGACAGGAAUGUGGGCCUGAUCAGCCCCUCAGGUGUCACGUGGGCGAUUUAUCAGCGAGAAUGGGGCCCAUUGAUAUUGGGCUGGAGAGGAGAGUCUUCAGCGAUGCUAAUUUUCCACUUGAGGGAGAUAUCUCAGCCCUGGGGAAGUCUAUUGUGAUCAAGGACCAGAAUUUUGGGUCUCAACCGUUUGCUUGUGCCAAUAUCGAACCGGAUUUUGAUAUUGUGAAAUAUGCUAAUAUCAGGAGGCCACCAAGAUUUGUUGUAGCUCAAUUCCUAGAAGACGUGAGACAAAUAAUGGGAAUUCCCGAGUGGAUGUUGUCGAUCGACAAUAGAAAAACAAAAAUCCUGCACUCUGGUGCGUGCAUCCAGUUCCUCCUCCACUUUCGUGGGCCAAUAGCCAGCAGAAUAGAGCAGGACUUCAGUAGACUGAUGUCAACAGGAAAGUUAAAAGAGCCCAGCUUAUCCAUCCCUGGGUGGGUCCAGCCAAAGCGAAAGAGUACCCUGAGCCACAGGCAAUGUGGAACUCGUGAUCCCAACGACAAAUCCUUCAAAUUUCCCAACUCUGCACCAAAAAUUCACCUCUCCCUCGCAUUGAUGCUAUCCCCCCUCAUUAAUUACAUUCCAUUAUCAAUAUAAUUAUAUUUUAUUUGAAUAACAACUUUACAAGACUUCUUAAUUCCUCACAUUUGUUAGUCGUAAUAAUUGUGAUGCAUUGAGGAAAAAAUAUAAGUUACAAACAAUUUAA